AUGGCGCACGAAGCUGUAGUACUCGCCAUCCUCUCCGUCCUUGUCCUCCUCUAUCGAUAUCUCAAUCAAACCGAUACCCCCAAAAUCAAAGGGUUACCCGAAAUCCCCGGCGUGCCCAUAUUCGGCAACUUGAUCCAACUCGGCGAGAAUCAUGCAAAAGUAGCCGCGGAAUGGGCAAAACAAUACGGGCCUGUAUUCCAGGUGCGAAUGGGCAAUAAGAGAAUCGUAUUCGCAAACAGCUUCGAAUCCGUCAAACAGCUCUGGCUCAAAGAACAGUCAGCCCUCAUCUCCCGCCCAACUUUCCACACCUUCCACAGCGUUGUGUCAAGCAGCCAGGGCUUCACAAUCGGUACCUCGCCAUGGGACGAAUCAUGCAAACGCCGACGCAAAGCUGCUGCUACAGCACUCAACAAACCCGCCGUGCAGAGUUAUAUGCCCAUCAUUGACCUGGAAGCAACCACCAGCAUUCAGGAAAUGUACCGUGACUCUAACAAGGGGCAAAUCGAUAUCAACCCGAUCCCGUACUUCCAGCGAUAUGCGCUCAACACCAGUUUGACACUCAACUAUGGUAUUCGGAUUGAUGGCAAUGUGGAUAAUAGUCUAUUGCAGGAGAUUGUUGCUGUUGAGCGCGGCGUCUCGAAUUUCAGGAGUACGAGUAAUAAUUGGCAGGAUUAUGUGCCGUUGUUGCGCUUGUUCCCCAAGAAGAAUUCUGAGGCUGAAGAUUUUCGGGUGAGACGGGACAAGUAUUUGACUUAUUUGCUGGAUUUGUUGAAGGAGAGUAUCGCGAAUGGGACGGAUAAGCCUUGUAUUACGGGGAAUAUCUUGAAGGAUCCGGAGGCUCAGCUCAAUGAAGCUGAAAUUAACUCCCUCUGUCUUACCAUGGUCUCCGCCGGUCUUGACACGGUUCCUGGAAACCUAGUCAUGGGUCUGGCUUACCUUGCAUCUGAAGACGGAAUGCGCAUUCAGCAACAAGCAUACGAUGAGAUUAUGAAGGUCUAUCCCAACAAUGACGCCUGGGACAAAUGCCUCGUUGAAGAAAAAGUACCCUAUAUCACGGCUCUCGUCAAAGAGAUGCUCCGCUUCUGGACUGUGAUUCCCAUCUGUCUUCCGCGAAAGAGUAUCAAGGAUGUCACAUGGAACGGCGUUACGAUCCCGGCCAAUACGACGUUCUUCAUGAACGCCUGGGCAGCAGACUACGACUCAACCUACUUCAAAGAACCCGAAAGAUUCAUCCCAGAACGCUACCUCAACACCUCCGAAGGUAACCAAGGUACUCCUCACUACGGCUACGGCGCCGGUUCCCGCAUGUGUGUCGGUUCUCAUCUCGCCAAUCGCAAACUCUACACAGCUUUUAUCCGGAUUAUCACGGCGUUCACAGUUCAUCCUCCUCAGAAUCUGGCUGACUAUCCCAUUUUGAACGCGCUGGAAUGCAAUUCUAUCCCGACGGCACUUACCACAGAGCCGAAGCCGUUCAAGGUUGGGCUCAAGGCGCGUGAUCCGGUGUUGUUGGAGAAGUGGAUUGCAGCCAGCCAGGAGCAAACCAAGGAUCUUUAA